AUGGAGGGGUUACAGCUGCGGCAGGCGCCCUGCAGCCGGAGCUUCCUCAAACUCACUGCCAUGGAGGUGAAGUGGAUCCACGUCCUGGUCAUCCUCCUCUUCCUCCUCUCCGUGGCCAUGACCGGCUGCUUCCUGUGGCAGUACAGCCUCCCCAAGGUGGAGCCCGGUCCAUCUGUGAUGGAGGUGAGGUCAGAAGCCGUGCAGAUGUGUCCCCGCUAUCCUGAGCCCGUCCCGCUGGACCACCCCCUCCCCAUCCUGAAGGAAGCACUGGAGAAGGUGGAUCAGAUGCUGCGGCAGAAGAUGCACAGCUCCGGCCUCCCGGCCAUGUCAGCCAUCGUCAUCUACAACGACACCGUGCUCUGGACAGGAAAUUUCGGGAAGAAGAACGGCUCUGACCCCACCUCAGGGCUGCCCAAUGAAUACACCAUCUACAGAACCAUGGAAUUAUUUGGAUUGGAAGGGACAACCCAAGGGGGUUCCAACCCCCCACCAGGGUCCAGGAGUCUGCCCAGGAGGCUGCGAUCCACCAGCCUGCUCUGGAAGGGCAACACGCAGGACGCCCUUGCGCUGCUCAAAGACGACGUCCUGGUGGCUGACCCAGGAACCAGAUGCCACUACAGCAACCUGGCCUUCUCCCUGAUGGCUCACGUGCUGGCUGACCACGCUGCCGAUGGGCAGUACCAGCGCUGGGUCUCGGAGAACAUCCUGGACCGCCUGGGCAUGGAGGACACCGGCUUCGACAUCACGGCGCCCAUCCGCUCCCAGAUGGCCGUGGGCUUCUACGGCAGCCAGCAGCCGGCCCCGCUCUACGACCUGGGCUGGUACCGGCCCUCUGGCCAGAUGUACUCCACGGCUGCUGACCUGGCCAAGCUGGCCAUGGUCUUCUUGGGGACUUACCACCGCCGGCUGCUGGAGCCCGACACGGUGAAGACGAUGCUGACGCCCCUGUUGAAGUGCUCCACUGAAUACUUCGCCAACAAGACGGGCACACCCUGGGAGAUUAACGAGCAGCUGGGGUAUGAUGUUGUCAGGAAGGAUGGGGACCUUGAUGGUUACUCAGCGACCUUCUCUCUCAUCCCCAAGCUCCGCCUGAGCUUCAUCGUGCUGAUGGCGGGGCCCAGACCUCAGGGUGGGGACAUUGUGACUCAGACAUACGAGUAUCUCAUCCCUGCCAUGGAGACAGCCUUCAGAGAGGCCGACAAAAGCUUGGUUCCUCCUCCAAACCCAAUCCCUUAUGUUGGCUACUACACCUAUUCCAACCUGACUUUCUACGAGAUCAAAGUUGGAAUCGGUGGGGUGCUGGUCAUGCAGCAGUUCGGGCCUCACGUGGAAGAGCUGAUCCCUGAAAAAUAUCGGACAAUCAAGCUCCACCACCUGGAAGACCGUGUUUUCCAAGUCGUUUUCGACAAGGAAUUCCCAUGUGUUCUGCACCUGGGCUCUGCCUCCAUCUCACUGGAGACGCAGAACGGGCAGCUCUUUAACUUCUACCCCUUCGACCGCAAGGGUUUGUCCCCCGGUUUUGACGCCCCGGGGCUGAACACCUACAACGUGGUGCGUGUCCUGCGCAAGCCCGUGUUCUACAGCUAAACAUUCCCUGCUCCUCCCUCCCCUCCCGGGAGCUGCCCCCAAAUCUGUGUCUUACCAGACUCUCCUGCCUGCGUGGCUUUGUGGAUGCCAUUCCAAAGGGAAGGGUGGAGGCAAAUGACUCUUUUGCCAAACAAAUCCUCCCCGUUUUUAAGACUGCUUUUAAUGACUUGUCACUGGACCCCAGCAGUGCACGACAGGCCUGAUGGCAGCUGGAGAUACCUGCAGGAAAAAGAGGUGGGAAUGUGCUGGA